AUGGCCAGCAGGUCUCUUCUCUCUUUUUCGAGGCUUGUAGGAAGCCAUGUGAGAACAUCUUUCCUUCAGAAGCAGGCAUCUUUUCCUUGUCUAGCUAGCCGAAGUAAGCUCAUUAGAUAAUCGCUUCACCUCAUUUAGAAUGGUUUGCGACCGAGGCGAAACCAGCUGCAGCUGUUUCCGCAGCACCUGCUACUUCUCUUGCCAAAGGUCGCAUCGUAGCCGUCAUUGGCGCCGUCGUUGACGUUCAGUUUGAUGACAACCUUCCACCAAUUCUGAACGCGCUCGAAGUUCAGGGCCGAUCACCUCGACUUAUUCUCGAAGUAGCUCAACACCUCGGCGAAAGUACUGUGCGUACCAUCGCUAUGGAUGGUACUGAAGGCCUUGUCCGCGGUCAACAGUGUGUUGAUACUGGAUCACCUAUUAGCAUUCCUGUCGGACCGGAAACCCUUGGUCGCAUUAUGAACGUUAUCGGUGAAGCUAUUGACGAGCGCGGCCCAAUAAAUGCGAAAAUGACUUUGCCGAUUCACCAGGAAGCCCCGGCUUUCGUCGACAUGAGUACUGAUCAGGAGAUUCUCGAGACUGGCAUUAAGGUUGUGGAUUUGCUCGCCCCUUACGCCAAGGGUGGAAAGAUUGGUAGGUAAUAGUGUCGCAUCUCACGUCUGCCUAGGGCUCUUCGGUGGUGCGGGUGUUGGCAAGACCGUCAUUAUCAUGGAACUUAUUAAUAACAUCGCUCGAGCCCACGGUGGGUAUUCUGUAUUUGCAGGUGUGGGCGAACGGACUCGCGAAGGAAACGAUUUGUAUAAUGAAAUGAUAACUACUGGUGUCAUUGAUCUCAAGGGCAAAAACUCAAAGGUUGCUAAUUUUGGUUCGAGUUACUGUCUUAGGUUUCCCUUGUGUAUGGUCAAAUGAAUGAACCCCCAGGUGCCCGAGCUCGUGUUGCCCUUUCUGGCUUGACCGUGGCAGAGUAUUUCCGUGAUCAUGAAGGACAGGACGUGCUGCUUUUUAUUGACAACAUCUUCCGUUUCACUCAAGCUGGGUCUGAGGUCUCUGCCCUGCUGGGCCGCAUUCCUAGUGCCGUUGGUUACCAACCUACUCUGGCAACGGACAUGGGUACUAUGCAGGAACGAAUCACGACUACCAAGAAGGGCUCAAUUACUUCCGUCCAGGCCAUCUAUGUGCCUGCAGAUGAUCUGACUGACCCUGCUCCGGCCACCACUUUCGCUCAUCUUGACGCAACCACCGUCUUGAGCCGAGGCAUUGCCGGUCUGGGAAUAUACCCAGCCGUCGAUCCCCUCGAUUCGACCAGCCGCAUUUUAGACGCCAACAUCGUCGGCCAAGAACACUAUAGCGUUGCACGUGGUGUGCAGAAGAUACUUCAAGUAUGCCCUCUUGCUUAUAUAAUCUCUUGCACCCUGGUAGGACCAACGUUCUCUUCAAGACAUCAUUGCCAUUUUGGGUAUGGAUGAGUUGUCGGAAGAAGACAAGCUAACCGUCGCCCGUGCUCGAAAGAUUCAACGAUUCCUUAGUCAACCAUUCCAGGUUGCCGAGGUCUUCACUGGCCUAGAGGGCAAGCUGGUACCCCUUCAGGAGACCAUUAAGGGCUUCAAGAUGAUUUUGAAUGGCAUGUUCAGGUUUUUUUGUUUAAUCUAUUCUGUAGGUGAAAUGGAUCAGUAUCCGGAGACUGCCUUCUACAUGGUCGGUGGGGUCGAAGACGUCAUUGCAAAGGCUGAGAAGUUGGCUGCCGAAAAUUAG